AAACAGGCAGCUGAUGACCCUCCCGUCUUUAAGCCUCUACUCGGGCUCCUGUUCAUCUUUGUAUUGUAGUUUUGUUUCUUUAAGUUUCACGUGGCGGUAAACGCGUGUGUGUGUGUGUGUGUGUGUGUGUGUGUGUCUACCUCAGUGUGUGCAGCCUACACCGAGAGGUCAAGCCCCAAGCAGGCCCCGUAUGUGUGUGAGGCGGCACGUGCAGGCUGACCACACCUCCGGGACAGCCAGAACUCUUAACAAGGAUGGAUGCUGCCUUUGCCAAAUAUUCCAUGAAGGGCGGGAAGGUUCGCAAGUCACAUGUGGAGAAACUCGUCCUUGACCCUCCCAGUGAAGCAAUAGAAGACAUCCAGACAGCCUUUAGGGAGCUGGUGUGUCCUGAGGGUCCCCAGCAGCAAGUUGGGGCAGUGGACAAGCUCCUGAGUGCAGGCUUGUCCUCAGAAGAUUCAGCAAAGAUCUGCACCACUGUGUUUUUAUCAUCCCUGCUCCAGCUUAAGCCAAAGGUGCAGCUGAGGAGCAAAAUACUAAAGUGCCUCCCUGUGCUGGCUGCCAGUCACCCUGAGGCCUACAAGGCCUGUGCCUUGAGUCACCUUCAGGCUGCUGCCACAGACACAACAGACCUCUUCAGACUAGUACAAGGAGUGUCCCUUUUGGUUGAGGAAAGGAACACUAUAUUCUUAACAGUGAACAAUGAGGAGGAACCUCACUGUUCUGUGGAUCCCAGUGACUGGCUCAUUCACCAGCCUGUGAUCAUCCAGGCCGUGGUGCAAGGGAUCAGACUCCUGUGGAAAAGCAGCCUCAAAGAAUCCUCAACAGUGGAGGCCUCCUCAGCUCUGCAGCAAGUACAGCAGCUGGUGAAGAGUGGCACACAUUUCUUCCAGCAGCAUUACUCAGCUUGUGAAGAUACAAAUGCCUCAUCCAAGGAGCUGCUGGAAGGAGUGCUGGACUUACUGCACCACCCAGCAUGUCCCCUGGACCUCAGAGUCAACUGUGGUCAGCUGCUUGUGUUAGUGUACAGCCUUGUGUCUGAGGGAAAUCUUUGCUGUCUAGUAAAAAAUGUAAUAAAUAAGACAGAGCAAUAUGGUGACUUGCCAAGUGUUGGACAGUUAGCUGUGAUCAAUGGUGUACUGUGUGUUACCCUCAGCAGAAACCUCUACAGCCAGGAAGAUGAACCACCCCUUGGCAUAGAGGUCAUUCAGGCCUGCCUCACCCUGGCAUCCAACACCAGUGACGGCAACAUAGCCCUCAGUGCCAUACGAGUGAUUCACCAGUGGACUCUGCGCACCCUGGAGGCACAGCAGGCUGGUGUCCUGUCAGAUGAUACCAAAAGUAAACUUGAUAUGAGCUCCCCACUUAUGUCAUGGUUACUAGACUACUUAUGGUUAAGCUGGGACCAUUUUUUGGACAGUGUCAAGCAUUCCACCAGGGAAACAUUUUUGAAUCAUCUGAAAAUUCAACAAGGUGUGAAUGAAGAAAAAUGCAAACAACAACUUCUAAGCAUCUGUGCAGAGUUUGUGCCGCAGCUAAGCCAGCGGCGGUACCGGUGCAGCGCCGUGAGCUGCAUGGUUCCAGUGCUGGGGGCUGAGCUGCUCCUUACUCUGUACCCUGACCUGCCAAGCACUCUUGUCACCUACCUCAAGGAGCCAAGCAUGGCCAGCCACGCCUCAGAGCUGCUGCAGGCCCUCUUCCAGCACCACCUCAAGGAAGUGUCAUUAGUUUGUUGGCAGAAUGUGUGGCUGACAAAUUUCAUAGAUUUGUUUUCCAAAGAAAUGCAACCAUAUGGAUAUGAAUCAUUGUUCAAAAAAUUACUCUUUGCUUGCCCUGAAAGUCUUGACACAGCAGUACAGUGGCUUGUUAAGUGCUCAGAAAACCCUGUUAGUGAAAAGCUGUGUCUCCUUAUUAUGUGUGUGAAAAUUGGUAGAUGUUCACCUCAGUGGAUCACAAAGUGUAAUAAUGUGGCAAAGCAGCACAAUACCAGCCUGUGGAAAGCAAUGCUUCCAUACAAAAUCAUUGAACUGUGCCUCUCUCACAGGGAUGAGUCAGUACAGGAAGCAGCCUACAGCCUUCUUUGUGAAAGCCCUAAAUCCACUGAGUUACCUGAAGCCCGAGACCUGGAGCUGAUCCUGGACUAUUGCACGCACAGCAUCACGUCUCACAGCCCCUCGCAUCGGCAGCACUUGGUGAAAAGCACAAAGAAGCUCUUUGUUCGUAUGAGAGAGGGUUCAAUUGCUUUAGUGAGAUCAAAUAAAACUCGUAAGUUAACUUCUACAGAUUUAGUUAUUAAUAAGCAGUCCUUGUUUUGCAAAAGGCUGUUCUCGCUGAUGGUUCAAAGCAUCAGUUAUGGAGCGAAUGCCUCUCGACGAUCAACUGCAUUACAAGUAUUGGAGGUAUUCCAGGAGAUCAUUGUGGAAGGAUGUGUUGAAAUUCUUAAUAUUGGUCAUCUCACGCAGCAAGAGGUUUACCUUGACACUCUUCUCUCAGUGUUGGAUGACUCAUUUGAGACCAACAAAGUCAUUACCCUCAAGCUUCUGUUAUCUUGUUUUAAAAAAGAUAUGAUUCAGCAAAGUCAAAAGCUGGAGUCUUUGCUGACUGCUUCUCUUAGUUUAGCAUCAUCUUGCAGGCCUCCAGACUCCCUGACAGCAGCUUAUGUGUUGAAGUUUUUGUGCCACCAUCCAAGUGCUGUCGAGGCAGUCAGUAAGCGGUCCACUGACAAGGCAAGCUGUGGCAGCCCUCGAGGAGUCAUGUGCAAUCAUCUCUUGGAGUGCCUCCAGAAAGAAGUUCAAUUUGCACGGAAAACUUUGCUCAGUGCAGCAGCUUCAGGGCCCAUGUAUGGAUUUCUCUUAUGCUUAAGGAUGCAGCUCUCUGACAUGCCAGAGAAAGAGUGUACAAACAAUCACUCAGAGUGGGUUCUUAUAGUACAUGAGAUUCUUGAGGUGUGCUACACAGUGUCUGAAUUGGUAGCUCCUGUAGUGAGGAAUUCUUCCCCUGAGGGACAUCUCCCUAUGGAUUUGAGUCCAGAGAGUCUGGAGUCUUUGACAGCUGCACUUAAGGUGUCUCUUGGUAACCAACAGAAUCAAGAAGAAAUCAUUCUGUCCCAGAACUGCAAACCUGAUGAGCUUGUGAAAGCUCAUGCUGUCAGUGCCCAGAUGCUGCUGCUGUGUGCCUGGCGCUGCGUCAAGGAAGUGUCUCUUAUUUUUGGAGAGCUAAUACAGCAAGUGCCACUUUCCUCAAGCAAUCUUUGUUUGCUUGCUGUGAAGGAUGUAGAAGAUAUUGGUCAAUACUUUUUAUCACAAUUAUUAGAAACCAAACACAGAGGAGCUUUUGAACAAACAUAUGUUGGCUUCAGUAGAAUUUGUCAACGUUUAUGGCAAUGCAAUGAAGAACCAAUGAGGAAACUCCCUGAAAAAUGGUUAACUGAAGUUUUAAACUCAAUACAAGACAGCAACGACACCCGCCUGUGCUCCACACGGCGGAGUGCAGGAGUCCCCUUCAUCAUGCAGGCUGUGUUGUCGUCUGAGCCGAGUGUCUGGGGAGCUGCAUGCCUCAAGAGAACUAUGACCCUCCUCCUCAAGCUGGCCAGUGAAUCUCAGUAUGAAGGGAGUGAUGCCAGGAUCCACGCCUUCAACAUACUGAGGUCUUUGUACAGAGACACAAGGCUCGGUGACCACAUCAUCAUGUACGUGUCUGACGGAGUUAAGGCUGCCCUUAAUGGAUACAAAAGUAAUGCUUGGGCUGAACGUAAUGCAGCCUCCCUCUUGUUUGCAUCCCUGGUGACGCGAAUGCUGGGUGUGAAGCAGACGCAAGAUGACCUGAACCGCAAGAAUGCCAUGUCUGCCCUUGUGUUCUUCAGGCGUUACCCAGAACUGUUUGACUUCUUAAAAGACGAGCUGGAUGCUGGUGCCGCAGGGAUCAAGGAAGGGAGGUUGGUGCCAGCAUUGUUCCCAACACUGCUGCUGCUGGCCAGGCUGGCACCGGCACCCCUUGAAGGCCGCACCUCAGCCGUGUCCAUGGCCUCCUUCAGCCCGGCCAUCCUCCAGUGUGCCUCCUCAUGUGUUCUGCAGCUGCGCACCCUUGCUUCCCAUGCCCUGGUGCCCCUGGUGGCCCCGAGUCAGCUGUCCCAAGUAGCAGGACAACUGUGCCAAAGAGCUGCCUCAACAACCAACCAAAACUUGCUUCAUGGUUCUCUCUUGUGUUUGUCGAAGCUACUCAAGAAUUAUAUUGGAAACAUUGAGAAUGACAUUGAUAACAUCGUCCGUGAUAUAGUGGCAUUGUCAUGGUCAGCAACGGAGAGCAAUCCUUGUUUGGUCACCCGCAGCUGUGCUCUAGAACUUUUUACCUUCCUGAACAGCAAACAGCUGAUUCAAGAAACAUCACUAGUAUUUAAAAGUAUUCAUUCAGGAGCAUUAGCACUCAUCCACUCAGACAGUGUGUCCCUCAACAGCCAGCCCUGGUCAACUCUUUGCAAGAAGCAGGCAGCUAAACUUGUGCUAACAAGCUGUGUUAAUAAUACAUGUGACCUACAGAGGAUCUACAACAGCUUUGUCAAUAAUAAUUGUUCUGACGUGCGCAUGUGUACUCUGGAACAUUUGGUAAGCCUUGAGAAUCUUCCCACUUACAUUUUUAGCAUCUUGCGAGAGAGAAUGACAUAUGAAGAAGUAAACUCUAAUUGUCUCCAGUUAGUUUAUCAGAUAAUGAGCAGAGUGAUCCACCAGCACAAAGAAGAGCCGUGCCUUCUCUCUCUUUUGCUGCACUCCACCUCCAGGAGCAAGGAGGAGGCCUCCUCUGAGCUGAAGGCAGCAAUGAUACAGUUUAGCUCAGCAUGUGUAUUCACCUUGCUAUCUGUGACACCAACUGUCUCCUUUGAAAAGGAGUUUGACCAGUGGCUAGAGAUGGUCGUGGAGUGUUCGGCCAGUGAGUGUGACAACGAGGAGCGGCAGGCCGUGGCCGAGGGGCUCACCAGGGUGCUGCCCUCCCUCCUCUCUCACCCCAGCAUCUCCCCCCUGUCCAGAUUGAAGGCCAUGGAGGUGCUGGUGGUGCAGCUGCAGGAUGACAACAGCCAGGUGCAGGAGACGGCUGCUGAGGGCGCCGCCUGCCUGUGUACCCAGAGUGUCUGCCUCAGCCCUCCAAGAGCUGUGACAAAAGUCUGUGAUUUUAUUGGCACCAUUGGAACACCACAGGCAGUGUCGUUACUGGUCAAGUUGUGCCUGAAGGAAGAUCUGCCUGAAGGUUUUGGGCUUUCACAGGAUGAGGACAGAGUGUUCAACAAAGGAGAAGUUAACAUCUACAAGGAAAGCUUGUGGCUAGCCCGGGCAGCAAGCCUCUCCCUCUCCAGCUACCUGUCCACUUGUCCCCCAGAGUCUGAGACGCCUCUGUUCUUUGAGAGCUUCAUUGUGCCACAUUUGGUCACAUCAUCUUUGAAAGAGGACCUAAGAGAGCAGGAAAGCUGCAGAGAUAUCCAGAUCUCAUUGUGUGAAUUGCUGAAGUUACUGCAACAAGAUAUCCUUCAUUUAUUCCAGCAGGUUGCAUCAGUCACUGACAUGGCUGUUUAUUGUGUGAAAAAUGUUGAGGCAUUAUUUGUAAGGCUGGGGUGCCGAUCAGCUCUUUGGAAAGUUCUCACCCACUACCACAGUGCUGCUUCACCUGAGGUUACCUCUGUAGCAGUGGCCUUACAGAGGAGCACCAUCAAAGGGAGACUUGUACACGAGAUUAUUUGUGAUCUCUCUUACACAGGCACGGGUCAUAUCAUUAAGUGAGGUGUGAUAAACCCAUUGUUUGGGUCACCUUACAAAUACAUAAAUCUGUGUAAGAUGAGGGAAGCAAGUAAUCCCAAAGCUAGGUAAUUUACAACCAUGUAGUCCAUUCUGGAGGGAAUGCUCUUCCAAAAUGCUGCCCUGCAACUGUUGUGAAGAAGCCAAGCUGCACGCUGGAGCUGCCUGGCCCUCUGUGAAGUAAUUCUAAGUAAGCACAACUGUAGUGGGAUGCUGCACUUUUAUAGUUUAGAAGAUUGUACAUGUAUAGCUACUUGUAUAAAGCCAGUACUUUUGUUACAUGUUUUUAAAGUUUUAUACUAAUUUAUACAUUGUAAUAUAGACUUGUCAAGUAUACUUAAAAGUUUCAAAACAUCCACUAGACAUAAAAAGGUUACUAUGACUUUAUCAGCCCAUAAUCUAUGGAAAACUAGAUACCUUCCUCCUUGAGGUUUGGUUUUGGUCACCAGGAUGCUUGGUCUGAGAUAACUGCUGCUGUGACCAAGGAUUAAACAAGAGAGUAACACUGGCAGCAGCCUUGACAGGAUCUGUGGGGGGUUCAGAGGUAUGUGUACUAAUAUCCUGAGAUUGUUUUUAUUUUGUGUAUUUAAAGUGAUCUUUCUCCAAGACCAGAUUGGUUAUUGAUUUAAGGGUGGGCUUUUAAACCAUCUCCAUGAGGUUACUAAACAAGUGGCAGCUUUUAAAGGUUUAUUUAGCAUUACAACACGUGCCUGAUGCGGCAGAGACAACUGUCCCCAGUCUGUAGGUCAGGUCUGGGCACACGCCAUGAUGCUUCAAGUUGUGAGGUGCUAAAGCAAUGAAGUUAAUGUUGGAGGCAGUUCAUAAGUUGGUGAUUCAUUCAUACAUCACCAAGUGUUGAGUCCUCACAGCAAGAGGUUGAAGCUUUGUGUGAAGUUCAACUCAUUAUUUCAAGGAGUUACAGGAACCUGACAUGAAAAUAAUGUGCACUAAUAUUAAUCACAGUAAAUAUUUUCCAUUUGGGACUUGCACUAGUUAAAAUGUAAUAAUUCUGAGAUAUAUUCUUGCAUAAGUUCAACUAUACAACACAGUAAUAAAUGUAAGGAUGCAGCUAUCAAGAGUGGUACAUGAGAGCUCUCACAGCUCAUCAUGUACACUGGUUUGUACCCUUACUUAUUUUAAAAAAAGAAUGAGGCUGGGAUGAGCCAAGUAAUGGGUAGAAAACUGACUCCCACUCUGAAUGAAAGCACAGAUGCAUUUUAAAAUUUAGGGAGGCCAGGCUCAAUAUUCCCUACAAAAUGCAUGGAAAACUUUGGAUUAAAAAUGCCACAAUAGAUAAGCAGGAACGAACCAGUCGGGGAAACAUGGCAUACAGUAGAGGUCAAGGGUAUGGCAGGCAAAGGAUAGUAUUAAAAUAGGAGUGAUAAGAUUUUAGAAUAAAGAAAUCAUCUCAAUCAUAAAAGACUGAAACUGAAUUUCACAGUAUUAGAUUAGAAUGCUCUUUCAAUCCUGGAGAGCAAUAAAUAGAUGAGAACAUCUUCAGUCAUGCUGCUCCAGAGCUUGUAUAUGCAGGUAAAAUAAUUGCAGUCAGGAACAUUAUUAUAAAUAUGCAUACAUCAAGCUCCUGACAAACUUUACAUGUCUUACAUAAAUCAUCAUUGUAAGAGGGUGAGUAUUUUAGUGUCUUAUUCAUGAUUAAAUUUAUUUUUCAGAACAAAAAGAUUACAAAAAAAAAAAACAAUGUGUGGGGAGUAGGUUAGAGCUAGAACACAAACUUAGCACUAAAGAAAAAGAUAUUAAAGCACAAUGUUUUC